UAUUUAAAUUUCUGGUUCUAGAACCUUGGAAACCGGGUGUACCGGUAAAAGCAAAUUCUCGCCGCUGACUCGUGCGGCGGUAAACUAUUACAAGUAUACCGGCUGGUCCGGUCACUUUUAUCAAGUUCCCAAUUCUCUCUGGUUCUACUAAAUUUUCCGCUGUUUUUCUAUUUCUCUCGAAGCUUUGGUUUUCGCUAUCUUUUGAUUCUCUUUCUCUCUUCGGUUUUUGGUAUUUUUCGUGGUGGAAUUGCCGGCCGAUUCCGUCUCUUAAAGACACUGAUCUUGUAACAAUGAGGGCUGCCAAAGGUAAGGGGGCAGCAAAGAUCUCCAAGGAAGCUCUAAAGCCUGUGGAUGAUGGAAGGGUUGGGAAGCGGAAGGCUGCUGCUGCAGAUGACAAGAGUAGCAAACGAAAGGCCAGGAAGGAGAAAAGGGCCAAGAAAGACCCCAACAAACCUAAGAGGCCGCCUAGUGCCUUUUUCGUGUUCCUUGAGGAGUUCAGGAAGGAGUUCAAGAAAGAGAACCCCAAUGUGAAGGGUGUAGCAGCUGUUGGAAAAGCUGGAGGAGACAAGUGGAAAUCCCUGUCUGAUGCGGAAAAAGCUCCAUAUGAAGCCAAGGCUGCAAAAAGGAAGGCUGAGUAUGAAAAGCAGAUGAAAGCCUACAACAAAAAGCAGGAGAGUGGGGCAGAUGAUGGUGAUGAAGAGUCAGAGAGGUCAAGAUCUGAGGUAAAUGAUGAAGAGGACGAGGCUAGUGGGGAGGAGGGGCAGCCCCCGGAAGAGGAGGAAGAAGAGGAGGUGGAGGAUGAGGAAGAGGAGGAUGAUGAAGAUGAUGAUUGACACUUUGUACUCCUUUACAUGGACACAGUGGUAAAUGGCACUUGGAGGAAUCUAGAUUUUGAAUGUUAUAUUAGCUCAGCAGGUUGUAUGUUAUGACCCCCAAAAAAAGAAAGCUCAGGUAGCAUGUGGUGUUUGUUCUGAAACAGGAAACAAUUGUUUUGUACUGCUGUGCCUAUUGAUGUAAUUACCUGUGUAAUCAGCCAGAGCUUUCCUCUAUUAGCUAAUCGUACGUAAUCUUCGGUUUGUGGAUUA